CGAGAGAGGGGAUAGCGAGAGAGAGAGGGGGUAGUGAGAGCAGAGGAUAUGGGGGGCCCCGUGGUGGACGAGGAGCGGCCGCGCUGGGACAACAAGGUGCAGUACAUCCUCACCUGCGUCGGCUUCGCCGUCGGACUCGGCAACGUGUGGCGCUUCCCGUACCUGUGCCAGACGUACGGCGGAGGCGCCUUCCUCAUCCCCUACCUCAUCGCGCUCGUGGUGGAGGGGAUCCCGAUAUUCCACCUCGAGCUGGCCAUCGGGCAGCGGCUGCGCAGGGGAAGCGUCGGGGUGUGGAACACCAUCCACCCCCUCCUGGGCGGCGUGGGGGUGGCGUCCAUGCUGGUGUCGUUUCUGGUGGGUCUCUACUACAACACCAUCCUCGCCUGGGUGAUGUGGUACUUCUUCAACUCUUUCCAGGAGCCGCUCCCCUGGAAACACUGCCCCCUCAACCAGAACCAAACCGGGUAUGUGAGUGAGUGCGCCGACAGCUCCCCCGUGGACUACUUCUGGUACCGCGAGACGCUCAACAUCAGCCCCAGCGUGGAGGAGAGCGGCGUGCCCCAGUGGUGGGUGGUGCUGUGCCACGUGGCCGCCUGGUCCAUCGUCUAUGUGUGCACCAUCCGGGGCAUCGAGACCUCGGGCAAGGCCGUCUACGUCACCGCUACCUUCCCCUACCUCGUCAUCUUCAUCUUCCUGGUGCGUGGACUCACGCUCGAGGGGGCAACCGACGGACUCGUCUACCUCUUCACUCCGGACCUCGAGGUUCUCAAGAACCCCAAGGUUUGGUUGGACGCCUCCACCCAGAUCUUCUACUCGCUCUCGCUGGCGUUCGGCGGUCUCAUCGCCUUCUCCAGCUACAACCCCAUCCGGAACGACUGCGAGGUGGACGCGGUGACCAUCGCUUGCAUCAACAGCGCGACCUCGCUCUUCGCCUCCAUCCCCAUCUUCAGCAUCCUGGGCUUCAAGGCCACCAUGGCCUUUAACGGCUGCCUCGACGGGAACAUCCUGUCCCUCGUGAACGAGUUCGACCUGCCCGAGGGCAACAUCACGCGGGCCUCCUACGAAGCCGACCUCGCCGCACUCAAUUCCACGUGGCCGGGCCGCGUGGACGCGCUCGCCCUGCGCUACUGCGACCUCCAGGACUUCCUCAACCAGGCUGCGUCUGGGACCGGCCUGGCCUUCAUCAUCUUCACAGAAGCCAUCGUUAACAUGCCCGGCUCCCAGGUGUGGUCGGUGCUCUUCUUCAUCAUGCUCUUCAUGCUGGGCCUCUCCACCAUGUUCGGCAACAUUGAGGGGAUUAUCAACCCGCUCACCGACCUCGGAGUCAUCCCCAAGUCCAUGCCCAAGGAGGCCGUCACAGGCGUGCUGUGCCUGGCGUGCAUGCUGCUUGGCCUGGUGUUCACGUUGAGCUCAGGGAACUACUGGCUCACCGUCUUUGACAACUAUGCCGGCUCGGUGCCACUGCUCGUCAUCGCCUUCUUCGAGGUCAUCGGCGUCAUCUACCUCUAUGGCUAUGACAGGUUCAGCAGCGACCUCAAAUUCAUGACGGGGAGGAAGCCCAACUACUACUGGAUGGUGACGUGGCGCUUCAUCAGCCCCCUGCUGCUCGUCGUCGUCUUCGUCGCCUACAUCGUCGUGCAGACCCAGACCCCGCUCACCUACGAGUCCUGGAACCCCAAGUUUUCUGACUUCCCGCAGAAGGAGCAGCUCCCCUACCCGGCCUGGAUGAUCUUCAUCAUCGUCCUGCUCGUCGCCCUGCCUUGUCUCUUCAUUCCGGGAGUCGCCCUCUACCGCCUCAUCCGGUGUCGCUGGCACCGCAGCGACAUCCCGGACAUCACCACCCUGGCCGGGGCGAAGGGCGACGAUGAAGAUGGAAGCGACAACUUGGCCUACAUGGGUGGUGACGAUGAUGAUGAUGAUAAGCGCUCAGAAGAGGGGGGGGGGAAGAUACCGGACAAGGGAGUGAAAGUGUAGGGAGAUGGGUGCAGGAGGAGGAAAGGGGUGGGCGGUUCAUAAUGGCCGGUCACCAUAGACCAUCACAGAGACCCAUAGACCAUCAUAGAAACCCAUAGACUGACAUAGAGACCCAUAGACUUACGUAAACAUCUAUAGACAUACAGAGACCAAUAGACGCACAUAGAGAUCCAUAGACUCACAUAGACACCCAUAUAGACAUACAGAGACCAAUUGAUUCACAUACAGACCCACAUAAAGACCAAUAGACUCACACAAAGACCAAUAGACUCACAGAGACCCAUAGCCACACACAAAGACCCAUAGACUCGUACAGAGACCCAUAGAGUCGCAUAGAGUGAGUUGUGAUGAAACAGGAUUCUCAGGUGUCGUGAUUCUGACUUUGUGGUGCUGGUCCUGACGAUACUUGGCGCAGCUUCAGGUAAAUUGUCGCAAAUCUGA